AUGUCAUACACACCGCGUAAGAAGACGGCCGGCUCUAUGAAGGGUUCGCAGCCUAACAACCCUUAUGGUCAGCAACAGGGGUAUGACCAGUACGGGAAGGGUGGUCAGCAGCAGUACGGCCAGGACCAGUACGGCCAGCAGGACCAGUACGGGAAGGGUGGUCAGUACGGCUCAGACCAGUACGGCCAGCAGCAGCAGGGUCAGUACGGGAAGGACCAGAACUACGGCAUGGACCCGAAGAUUGGUCAGCAGCAGUACUACGGCCUGGGGCAGCAGUUUAUCGGACCGUAUGGACAGACGGUGGGAUACAGGUGA